AAUAGAGCCGCGCACGUUCCGUGUCGGUUGAAUUGUAUCACGAGAUUCAAUUUGUUACGCGUUUUAAAUUUUAUCGGAGUAAAGUCUGUUUAAACGAAACAAGAUCAUUACGAACAUUUUAUGAAAAAAUAAUAAAGCAACUGGUGUCGCUAGCUAGCGUGUAGAAAGAAAAGUGCGUGUUCUUCGCUAGUGCAAGAAGUACCUUAUUACUUAUAAUAUUAUGUCAUAACAACACUGUUUUUUUUUCAUAAAUUGGUAAACAUUCAUUUAAUAGCCAAAUGUUUCGAAGGUUGAAUUUCAAUUUUAUAUGCUUUGCAUUCGGUUUUGGUUGUAUUUUCGUGCUUCUUGGAAGUAAAUAUACAAAUGAUAUAAGUUUCCAUACAUCUUCUAAGAAUAAAAUGGAAGACAGUGAAAAUGUUCAAGUGAAACUUAAACGGACACAUGAUAACUUUGAUAUAGAGACAAUGUUAAAUAAAACCCGUACUAAAAUUAAGUCUGAAUUAGCAGAUUACAGUUUCAUUAAUUCUGGUGUUAGUGAUUUAGAAGAUUUACUAAUGGAAUUUGGUGGAACUCCGUUAAGAAGUCUAGUUAUGACUACAUGGCGAUCAGGAUCAACUUUCUUUGGUGAACUUUUAGAUUCCAUGCCCGGAAAUUAUUAUCAUUAUGAGCCCUUCUUUUGGUAUGGAAUCAAGCAAAUUAGGGGUCCACCGGAUUCAUUUAAAGCUUUAAAAUACAUGGAGAAACUAAUGAAAUGCGAUUAUGAAGGAUUGGAUGAAUAUUUUGAUUUUGGAAAAAAACAUGAAUUUCCCGUCAGCCAUACGUCAAAAUUGUGGGAACAUUGUAAGACAAAGAAGGAAUUAUGUUUCGAUCCUGAAUUCACGUCGAAGAUUUGCAAGCUAUUCCCUUUCCAAAGCAUGAAAGUGGUUCGAGUCAGAUUGAAAUUGAUUAAGCAAUUGUUGGACGAUAAAGAGCUCAAUCUGAAAGUGAUAUUGUUAGUCCGUGAUCCCCGUGGCGUGAUGCAGUCCAGGCAGCACAGGUCGUUCUGCCAGCCUGCCCCGGACUGCUGGUGGCCAGAGCUGGUGUGUGCCGAUAUGGUCAGCGACCACGUGGCCGCGAGCAGGUUGAUGCAAGACUACCCCAACAGAAUAAUGACUCUCAGAUAUGAAGAGCUGGCGCUUGAUCCUAGUAAAACCGCAUAUGAAGUCCUGAAAUUCUUGAGACUGGACGUCACAAAAUCCGUCAAAGAGUUCUUGCGCACGCACACCAGCGUCAACGUGGCUGGCUUCGACUCUACUUUCAGAAUAUCCCGCGAUAUCCCAUUCAAAUGGAGGACAAGUCUGUAUUUUGACUACGUGGAUGAAGUACAGACGGCGUGUAAGGAAGCUAUGAGCUUGUGGGGAUACAAAAUGGCCUACAAUGCGACACAUAUGGCAAGCAAGGAUUUUUAUCCUAUGGAGUCAUACACAAUUACGAAUAGAUUCGACAACCAAAUACCUUCCUAAUAGGGAUGAUGACUUACUUUUUUUCUUCAUCUAUCAGCUAGAUUAUCAAAAAAAUAUGGAAACGUAUUUUUUCUUUUUUCACAUAAUCAAUACCUUCCAGUGAUAUAUUGAUUCGAAAUGUCGUAUGACGUCACUACUUGCUAAAUUUUUACAUAAAAGUGACGUCAGGAGAGGGGUCUCCCAAAGUUUGAUGGUUUAUUUUGGUCCAUUUUUCGAGUGAUUGACAAAAGAAAUAAAAAAAGCGGCCAAGUGCGAGUCGGACUCGCCCAUGAAGGGUUCCGUAGCAGCAAGUAACAUAAUAAAAAAGUUCUUGUUAGGGUUAGAAAAUAAUGGUUCAAGGUUUAUGCAUAAGGUUUAUGUUAAUGAAAUUAAAUUUAAUGGUAUAUUUGAGUUGACUGUAUGAAAGGUAAAUUGCAGUUUACGAUUUAUGACGUAUUAAAAAAAACUAUUUACUAGAUCUCGUCCAAACAAAUUUUCGGUAAAAGUUUGCAUGGUAAUGUACAUUAUAUAUUUUUUUUAGUUUUAUCAUUCUCUUAUUUUAGAAGUUACAGCACAAAUUUUACCACUUUGGUAGUGUCUCAAACUAUUCAGUUAAGAAAACAAUUAUGUUCGGAACCUCAGUACCAAGUUUCAACAGUAUAGUUCUUAUAGUUUCGGUAAAAAGUGGUUGUACACACGGACAGACAGACAUGACGAAUCCAUAAGGGUUCCUUUUUUGCCAUAUGGAUACGGCACCCUAAGUAAGUUUCCAUUAUUUUUGGAUAAUCUAACCGACAGACUCAAUAUAAAUUCAUUCAAUGUACCCUGACAUCAUUUCUAUUAAAUAUAGUAGAUUUAAUUAAUUACAUAUUGUGUAUAUUGUUUCUACAUGCAUUACAACCGAUAGUAGUAUUCUACUUACUACUAAUAUUACAAUUGUAAAAGUUUGUAUAUUUAUUUAUUACUAAAUCACACAAAACAACUGAACGGCUUUGGAUGAUUUUUUUUACAAACAUAGUUUAUUAUCUGGUUUGAGAUUUCAUCUCAGAAAAAUAUUGUUCCUGUGGGAUUCUCAAAAAAAAAAAUAACCUGGACGAAGGAGCGGGCAGAAGCUAGUAAAUAUUGAAAUUUUGGUGGCUAUCAAAUAAAAAAUAGUGAAUCUAUUAUAAUGGCGCGAUUACAUUUGGUCGUUAGCCCGAAUACGAGUGGAAUUCGGGUAAACGACUAAGUGUAAAGGAACGGAGUCGAGUACGCCCGUAUCCGGGUAGAUUUCCUUUUGUUUACCCGACACCGUAUUCCAGCCCGUAUUCCAAUGUAACCGGUGUUCCGGGCACCCGAAUACGGGCUGAUGACCAAAUGUAAUUGCGGCAUAAGUUCAGAUUUUAUCAGUAAUAAUGUUUAUUAUAUUUUUUAUUUUAAGCAUUUAAAUGCUAGAUGUAUAAAUCUUAGAAAAAAAGUACUACAAAAAAUGCACUUGGUCCUGGUUUCAGACGGGAUUCGAACCCGCACCUUUCGCUAACCGGGCGAAAUGACGGAGUGGAAUUGUUUUUAGUUAAAUUUUCUUUGAUUAUUAUGUUUUCUAAAAUUGUUGUUAAUAGUUAAAUAGUUAGUAAAUAAUAAGUACUUGUUAAAAUUUCUUUUGUAAAAAUUAAAGUUUAAUUUAUAAUACCGAAUCAUAUUUUUUAUUGCAAAGCACAUCGCACACACAGCUUACUUCUUUUAGAUCUAGAAGU